CUGACGACAGUAUGCUUGGGCGAUCACUUAAAACAGGUUUUAUCAAUAGGAAAAUCCUGCUGUGUUGUAGUAUAACAGUGUACUUGUUUUUGAAUCGUACAUACUGGUAGAAAAAGUUCGAAUAUUGAUUUACCAGACUAAACUAUUGGAAUUAUUUCAUGUAAGUGUUGUAAAAGUGGAGAUUAAAAAUUUAUUCUAGUCUUAUUUGAUUGGGAAAUGAAGAUAUUUAUUUCUUUGGAUUAAUUAUAGGAUUUUCUAGAAACAGCUGAUGCAGGGAACGGAAAAGACUGUCAAAUAAUACAUGUGCUGAUCAAACAUCCUAAAGCAAUUAUAUGGAGCUACUUUGGACAUGAUUGUGCUAUGAGACAGUAUAAACAGUAAAACACUGAUGAGAUAGUUUAAACACGUGUUGCCAUGUAAUUUAAACACUUGUUGUGGGACAUUUUAAACACACAUACAGUUUUAAACACACAUACAGUUAAACACAGGUUGUGUAACAGUUAAAACAGAUGUUAUUUUACAGUUAAAACUUGUGUUGUGAGAUAGUUUAAACACAUGUUGUGAGAUAGUUUAAACACCUACUGUAAUACAGUUUCAACACAUGGUGUUAAGGAUUAAGUACAAGUGAUAUAUACAAUAUGGCCGUAGCAAAGCAGUCUCCAUUUGAGAGUGUUACCAUUAACCUUGAACACGACAUUGAUGAACAAUAUCAGUACCAACCAGGCGAGAUCAUUCGAGGAAAAAUUGUCAUCCAUUUACACAGGAGUACACUAGUAGAGUCUGUGUACCUGACAAUAACAGGUGAGGGUAUAUGUGCCUGGGAAGAGGAAUAUGUAGGAGCAUUGGAAUCUAAAGAAAUCUACAUUGAUGCCUCACAGGCAAUAUUUGAUGCAGAAGGUUUAGCCAGAUAUUUGGAAAAGGGAUUCCAUCAGUUUCCAUUUGAAUACAGACUACCAGACAAUGUACCGUCGUCUUUCAUUGGGAAAUUUGGCAGCGUAACAUACAUUCUUAAAGCUAUCGUCCAAGGUGAGCGGCAAGGUGACACCACCAUAGCUACCGAACCUUUUCUUGUUAUGCGUAAAUACUUAUUACCAGAUGAAUUAUCAGAGCCUUUAAAAACAAAACUAGCAAAAACUUAUUUUUCAAUGUGUUCAUGGGGUAAAGUGAAUGCAGAUAUUCAUUUAAACAGGACAGGAUUUGUUCCUGGUGAAGAUAUUUGUUUACAAGCUGAAGUACAAAACCAUAGUCCAUUACGAAUCACAGCUAUACAGGCAGGACUAUUGAUGGAAAGCACAUAUCGCGCUCAGAAAAACAUCAUUGCUUACAAGCAAAUAGUGAAUAAGCGAAGAGAUGACUAUGAGCUUAUUGAUGGAGACGGGAGACGCUGGCAAAAUGUGAGAAUAGGUAUACCAGCAUAUGUUCCUGAAUCAUUUCUUGAAGGCUGUGAUAUAAUUGACCUUUCAUAUAAAUUUCAAUUUAGAAUCGAAUUAUCCAGCGGGAAAGAAUUGAAAACGGAAAUUCCAAUAACUGUAGGUGCUAAUCCAAGAGGUUUGGAACUGCCUGGUCCAGAAAGAAAAGAUGAUGUUAAUAUACACUGGACUAUGGGCCCAAGAGACUUAGCGAAGCAGCAAAUGGAAGAGCAACGAGAAAUGAGUGCAUGGACUAUUGCAUCGCCAGAAUUCCGUGAUCGAGAACAAGUGAUGAAUCCGUUAUUCCGAAAUGAAAGUGAAAAAUUAAGUAACGGUGAUAGACCGCAUGUAGGAAAUGCCCACAAUGAGGACAGUUAUGAUGAAAUUGCUCCAGACUAUCCUGGGAGCAAAGAAGAUACUAGGUUAUAAUGUUUUGAUAUAAGUUAGUGUGUAAAUCAGAUUGAUAACUCAUCAUAAAUAUAAAACAAACAAUUAUAUUUAAAGGUGCUUUGACAAAAAGAAAGGUGAAAUUUUCAAGGUUUAGCCAGUGAUACUGUAAAAACUGCUUGCAAAAUAUUACAUAAAUAAACAGAUUUAUGAUAUUCAUAUGAUAAUUUAUAAUAAUGACUCAGCAUUUACAACUGCUUUCCUUUUCCAAAAAAUAUUUUAAACUGUACUUAUAAGAUUAUUUGUUUACCGUAUACCCUCUAAUAAAGAACAUACAUGAUA